AUACACUAAGUACAUCGUUUUUAAGGGUCUAAGCAGUGAGAGAGUGAAGCUGACCCAGACACAGCCAGCUACAAAAAUAGAAAGAGAGGCAGCUACCAUCUGCUAGACACCCGACACUGCUGUAGGCUUCGAUUUCACCUUUGCCUUGGUUAGGGGCGCCCAUAGCUGUGCCCAGCUCCCCAAAUUCAGGUUGUAUUCUGGACCUUUCAAGGGUGGACUAUAUUUUAGGGUUGCUCGAUCUGGCAACUGACCGCACCAGACCAUAACAGUUUGACUCUGGAUACCCAUUAUUUUAAGAUACAGGAGAGACCCAGUGAAUAUGCGACCUGGCUUCUAAGUCUCCUAUUUCAAAGUGCAUUAAGCCUAAUUACAAAAAGUGUCAUCCUCGGAGAGAUGCUUCGUUACAAGAAGCACAAGAGGGUUGCUGAUGGAUUAGGAACAAGCAGAGUGGUUGUUAUGGAUGAUACAGACCGAGAGGUGAGCAGCUUCACAGAUCGGGCAUUCCGGAGCCUGUCUGUUGCUGAAGAAGAGCCAUUUAAUGAUGUCCCUCGCCUGCCCUCCCCCAUCAGGGGAAUGCCACCUUCCACUAAGUACCACCUUGGAAUAUUUAACUUAUCGGUCAGAAAGACUCAACCCUUGGCACAGUUGCCUACACCUCCAGGGCAGCAUGGGAAAUGGGCGCCUACAUUCCGGCCUUUACUAAAAAGUAUAAGAGAUGGGGAGAUUGAUAAAAAAUCUAAUAUAAAUAAACUUUGUGUCCCUGAGCCAAGAGGAUACAGACAACGUUCAAAAGUGUCAUCUCUGAUAAGAACCUUUGAUAACAUUGAAAAUGAAAUACCUGAAACCUCACAUUCGCCUUCAAGUUUGAUUGUCCCCACAGGUGCUAAUGAAGGGAACAUACCCGAAGAAUUACUUCAGAGCUGUGUGUCCCCAAAGAUUAAAGCCAAGAUGGAAUUGCAGGAGUCAUUCAGUGGAGGGAGUCUUCCGAUAAAUGAAUGUCUCAACAUGCACAGGCGUACAGCAAGGGAUGUGUUUUUGGAAUCUCAAGCUGAGAAUAACUUUAGACUCUCUGAAUCACCUAGUUCAUCAGGGUCACCAUUCCCUGAUCAUGCUAGAAAAGGGUUGAAGCAGAGGGAAUCUUUAAGAAAGUCAUGCUUUCUUCACAGUGAAAACAGUGCUUUCAAAUCAUGGAGUGAUCUCAAUAAAAAAAUGACUAGUGGAUAUGAAAGUGAAAGCUCUCUUCCUGGAACACCUCCUGUGCUUAGAUCUGCAACCCCAUGUUCUCCUUUAUUGUCUAGGACAAUGUGUGGAAUACGAACAAGAGAUGCAGGUUUGGCAUCUCCAGCAUCUACUACGUCCAGUAACUAUGAUCCUGUUCAAAUGUUAAAGUCUGUCCCACCUCUGCCUAUCAAGAGGGUAGGAAAGCAUCCUAAAGAAUGUAGAUCCCGGGUGUCAAGAAUUCCGCUAGACACAAGGGUUCAACAGGAAGAGAUGCAGGUAGAUGUUGUAUAUACUUUAUCCAAACAUCAAUCUAGAGAGUUAAGUAAAUCCAUAUCACCACCCAACAUUUGUCGGGAACCAGUAACAAGAGAGGACAUUUGUCAUUUGGUAGAACAGGAUCAAGUCCAGCCUAAGGGAACCCCACACACACAAAAAACAGUCAAUGAGAAAGAACUGGAAGUCAUGCUCUUAAAUGAGAAACUACAAUCUACAGGCAGAAUAAAAACAUUAAUACAGCAAAUGGAAAAAGAUACAUUUAAAGAUGCUGAGCCACCACCAGGUAUAGAUCACAAAGUAAAUUUUUUAGAAAAAGAUGACACUAUGGGUUGCCUUUCUGCUGUAAUUCCUGAAGUAUCUCCAAGUUCAAACAACCUUUCCCAAGACGGAAGCCAUAUACCACCUUGGAGGAACAAAGUAAGCCAGAAGUUAGGCAAAAAGGAAAAGGUGCUUUCUGGAAGCAUUACUAAAAGUGGAGUUGUAACAGAUCCACGCAAUGAAAAUAUGAUUGAUGGUAAGGAAGACUGCUUAGAAAAAAAACCUGUUGCUAAUUCUUUCAACAUUACCAGUCUUUUAACACCAGUUAUUAGGAGAAAAAACAUCAAUGAUCCAGUGGAUGAACUUCCUAUGGUCAUAACCCCUUCACCAGCUGAGCCCAUAACUACAAAACAACAGGAUCAGAGAGAAGUGAACUUGUAUUACAGCAGGGAUGAUUAUAAGUCCAAAGCUACAAGUCUGUUGUUCAACCUAAAGGACAUGCGCAAGCGAGUGAAGAGCACAUAUACCCCAGCAAUAAUAGUGAGAAAUGGGAAUGACAUUAAUAAUGUGGUUGACAGCAAGAUGCGGGAGGAGACAACACACUCUAUUACUUUAACAGAUAUUAAUAAAUUGGAGAUUGACAGGGAAAAUAAUACCUAUGGAAACAUCAUCCAGAAUCCAAGACAGAUGGGUGGGAGUGAGACCACACCUGGCUUCCCAGUGAAUCCAAGUGAUGAUUAUUUGUCUUUGAGCUCACCACAGCAGACUACGGAAAGCUCAGGCUAUGAGAAUGGAGACGGAGUUGCUAAACAUAUCAAGACAGAUAUGCUGUUACUUAAAGAAAAUAUGUCACCUUCCAUACUCUCACAUCAUACUGACCACAACAACACAAAAAGUGCAAACUAUCCAUCUCUGAACCUCUAUCACAAAGAUGAGACAGUGUUAAGUGCAGUUGUCACAGGAAAUACUAACCACACCCCAAUUCUUGUUGAAAAAGCAGAGCUUUCUCUGCCUGCUGAUAACAUAAAAAAAGAGUUAACUUCAAAGCAUGUAUUAGGAGAAAGUAUAGAGUGUUCGCUUAUAAAUGGAACUACAUUGACAGAAAGAAACACAGAUGAUUAUGUCAGAUCCUGCCACAUGCAGUCUUACCAUAGCCAGAAUUUGGACAGACAAAUAACCAGCGACAGUGAGGAUGCUGAUAAACGAGAGGAACCAAGAGAUGACAAAAAAGAUGAUUUACAGUAUUAUGCUGUAAGCUGUGUCCUUGAGGAAAGCGGACAGAGUGGUGUUAAGGAGUGUAAGGCAGACAAGAAAGGGGACAAGAAAGAAAUAGAAGAAAGUGAAAAGAAAAACAAGGAUCUUGUAUGUGUUGAGGAAAUUCAAACAGCAUCCAUUACCAAGCCAAACCUUUUCCAUAUCAAAAACAACACAAUUAAAUCCUCUCCAGUCACUAAAUCAGUGAGGCUUCCUCUUUUGAGAAGUCUGUCAGAAGACUCACUGGUUUGCAGAAAUGAAGUGAUCUGUUGCACAAGGGAUAAAGAGAUAGCAAGCAAAGUAAAAUGUGACCUACAGGAAGAAAAAGAAAGAAACUCAGGCAUACCAGCUACUGACAUUAAUGAGACUUAUGUAAGUUGUAAAGGGAAAGUAAGGGAGUUUUUGAGUGUGCGCCCAGCAUCAGAAAUUCCAAAACAAAACGUAGAUGAUAAUUUAAAUAAGCAGAGGGAACUAGAGGAAAGUAUGGAUCUGUGGAAGAUGCUAUGUUUCUCUAAUGAAGGGUGGAGAAAAAAUCAAGCUGGUAAAAGUGAGACAACUAAAGAAAAAACUAAUUCUCCAGAACAUGAGGUACCCUUCUUUCAUCCAGUUGAAACUUGUGUUUCAGAGGUUACAGGACCUUCACCAGAAUGUAACAAUUUAUUGGUGCAGAAUGCAAUGGUGAAUGGGGAAGUUGCAAAUACACUAAUGGUCAAUGCAGAGAGUACAUGCCAUUCUCCACUUGAUCACAACUUGCUCCAAUUUGAAGAUGCUAUAACACUUUUACAGGACAAAGCCUAUUCAACCAUAACUAGUCCAAUGUCUGAAAGUGUGACUUGUUCCAUAAUGGCCAGCCCCAUGUCAAUAAAUAGUUCAGGGUUUUCCACAGCACUCCCUGUUUUUGAUGAUUUUACAAGCCCAAAUGUAACUCAUAUCAUUACCAGGAAUGGAAAGUAUGUGUUACCAGCCUCUGAAAAAGCUACCCCAACUCUUCCUGACAUCAUAGAGACUGAAAGCACUUCAUACUCGAAAAAUCCAAAGGAGAUGGCUCUUGAGGUGGAUCCACUGAAGAUGCAAGCUGGAAAACCACCAGCAGUUCCCCCUAAAACAGAAAAAGCUCUACGUCGUGCCAAGCGCUUGACUAAAAAACGAAGGAAGACUGAUGGGCUUCAGAAAACAGAGGAUGGGAGUUUCAACGAACCAGAUCUUAUCCUAGAUGUUCCAUCACCUGGCAAUGUUAUACCAAACCCAAUGACAACACAAACAGAUCACAAACUAGGUUCAUCUACAUCCAGCCUUCUGCAGCCACACAGAUCCAUAACUUCAUCUUCAAAUACACCCUUUCCAGUCACACAACGCAAACUCCUUCAAGACCCAGAAUCAGGACAAUACUUUGUAGUGGACAUUCCAGUUCAUUUACUAGUUAAAACUUUCUUUGAUCCAGAAACUGGAAAGUACCUGCAGGUUUCAUUGCCUCCUUCAGAAAGAGGAACUCCGACAUUAGUAGAAUUAAACAGCCAAUUCAUGUUGUACCCUGGGUUAUCCCCAGUACCCACAGUCUCUUUAUGCUCAAUGAAGGGCAUGACAGGGCAGCCAAAUCAUGGUAGUCUAGAGACUGGAGAUAGAACAAAGUCUUGGGAAGACCCAGACAAGGAAGACGAGUAUUCAAAGGUACAAAAGUAUAUUGAAUCCAUAUGUGAUUCCUGUGAUCAGAGUAUGUCAGACACCAUGCAUAGUAUGGAGAAAAUGCCAAGCAUGUCAAGGAGCCCAGACAUUAUUUCAAUGAAGGAUCUAGAUGAUUUUGCCAUGGAAGCAAUUUCCUAAUGGCUACAUUAUUAGCAAAAACAUUACAAAUCUCGAGACACAAAUAUCUGCAAAGAAACAAUAUAUUAAUUAUGCAGAAAAGAGAAGUUGUAUCAUGUAACUACCGUGUCUAAUGUUAAUACAAUAUAAUUCCAAAAUUGCAGAAAAAACA